AUGCUUUAUCAAGUUGUUGGACACCAAUCAGAUAUAUUUCUUCAACCAAAUUUGGUUCCUACGAAAGUCAAUGGAUACUUCAAUCAAUUACUCGAAAUAUACAUUCCACAAGUUUUAAAUCAAUCUACAAUAGAAAUAAUACCAUCCUUGAAAUCUAAAUACCGAAUGUUUAGUGUUUAUCCUUAUAAAACAUCUCUUGCUAAUGGAAAAUAUAUUCCAGAAUUAAAAUCAUACGUUUUUAAUAAAGUGAAUUCAGGAAUGAAUGUUUUCAACUUAAUUACGGAUUGGGAUCAAGAAGAUAAGAUUGAAGUGGCAGUUCUAAACAACUUGAAUACAAUUUUCGAAGUUAAGAAAUCUUCAGAGCUUUUAUUUUCUAUACAUCAGUACUUGAUAGUUGUUUACGCAUCUAUCACUGCAAUCUCCACCUUAUUCUUGGUUAAAUUUUUUUGGGAUAUUUCUCAAAUUCUACCAUUUUUAUUUGCAAUUGCUGCACUCACACUUCCUAAAUACCAAACUAUACUUGAUUUAAGACUUAAAUAUACUGAUCUUUCUUAUAAAAAUUACCCAAUGACAGAUUAUUCUUCUGAUUGGAUUACUUAUGAUACUAAAGCAGUUGAAAAAGCACUAAAAGAUAAAGUCACUUACACUGAAUGCCGUUUGUGCAACUUCAAACCAAAUUUAAUUUAUAAUAAUCGCUCAACAGAAAGAGAUAUUAUAUUAAUUUCUAUAGUUGGAGCAUCAUCAGGUUUUGAAUCAGCCAUUAGUGCAAGAACAGCUGGUUUUAAAGGAAAAAUACUCAUCUUUACAGAUUCAGAAGUUCCUGACCGCAUUAAGAAAUGUGGAGCAUAUGUUAUACAUACCAGCACAACAAUCUAUGCUGGAUUGUAUCUAAAGCAAUAUAUUCGAUUCCCAUUAAUUGCCUCAUUUAUUGAUAAAUUUGGUUCAUAUUUUGACAGGUUAAUUUACAUCGAUACAAGUGAUGUCAUGUUUCAAUCAGACCCAUUUAAUUGGAACGAUGAUGUUGUUCAAUUAAGUGAUGAGAACUCUCCUUAUUACAAUAACUUUUUCGUUAAACGUUGGGGCCCCCAAUUUGUUGGACUUGAUCAUGAAUGGUUCAAGGAUAAAGGAAAUAUAAUUUGCUCAGGAGUUUUCGGUGGUACUGGCAAAGCUCUUGGUCCGCUUGUUAAAUUAGUAUCUGGAUAUUGGAGACCUGGAGAAGAUGUUAUUCCUGAUCAAGGCGUUUUAGAUUUUAUAUUAGCAUCAAAUAUUCCUAAAAACGCUGGAAUUAAAUUCGUCUCAAAUAAUGAUUUAGCAACUGUUGGGAUUCGUUUAUGUGACAAUGAACUUAUCAAACAGUUCGAGAUCGACGGUCCACCGAACUUUAAAGAUAAUCUAUUCAACAUUUAUCCAGCAAUUGUUCAUCAAAUUAAUCGUAAUUCACAAAUCCAAAAUAAAUUUAAUGAACUUUGCAAGUAA